AUGGUUUGGUCCUGCUUUCUUCCGGAUCUAACGACAGAGAAUCAUAGAGCGGGGGUUCUCACUUGUGCUAAAGAAGAUAGAAUCAGUAACUUGCCUGAACACUUGAUAGACUUAAUCUUAGAGCGGGUCCCGCUUGAAGAGGCUGUAAGGACAAGCAUUUUAUCCAAAAAUUGGAGGUACAGAUGGACCAAAAUGGGGGCACUGGCUUUUGAUGAGCAGUUCUUCAAUAAAUAUUCAAAAAACGGAGCUUUUGGUCGUAAUGGGUUUAUAAUGAUCAUAUACAAAGUCUUGAUCCUUCACAAGGGUCAUAUCUCGAAAUUUCUUCUCGAUAUACCAAAUAUAAAUAUGUUUCUUGAUAGCUUUGAAGAAGUUGAUCAAUGGAUGCUACUCUUAUCAAGAAAUGGUGUCAAGGAACUCAUCCUAACUAAUUCAAGUCAAUCUUAUAAACUUCCUUCUAAUGUGUUUUCUUGUCUAGAAUUGAGAAAGUUGGAACUGGAAAACUGUUUUUUCAAGCCACCAGAUGAGUUUGAAGGAUUUGUUAAUCUCAAUGAUCUUGAGCUCUGUAACGUUGAUUUUGGGGCUAAUUUGCGUGGAACUGAGAUCAACUUACCACAACUUAAGGAGUUGUCCCUGUUUAGGUGCACAAAUGUUUACAAUUUCAACAUCAAGGCUACAAAACUGAAGAAUUUGAUUGUCUUCGAAUCUCCUGAUUCCAUGGUGCUUCACAUAUUGCACAAUCCAUGCCUUGCUAAGGUAAGUUAUGACCUCACUUUCACUUCACAGGUUUUGAUUGCAGAAAAGCUUCCAAAAUUGCUUCCAUGUGCGAUUAGUAGUUUAAAGCAUCUGUGUUUGCUAUAUUAUGAACUUUCUGAUUUGGAUCAACUUCAUGGUGCUCUUUGUUUGCUUCGGAACUCGCCAAAUUUAGAAAGUCUGUCUGUGAGGUUUUUGGAGAUGGAACCUCAAGCCAUUCGUUAUGAUGUGGGACCAGCUUCAGAUCAUUUAGAGGCUGCAAACUGCUUGGAUUGUACAUUGGAACAGUUGCAAACUGUUGAGAUAACAUAUUUAGAAGGAUCAAAACCAGAACUGCUUUUUAUAAAGCUUCUUCUUGCUCAUUCCCCUUCUCUCCAGAAGUUUACCAUCACAACAAGUGGAGAUCUUGAUGCUAAAAAAAUACUUGACAUCUCUAAGGAUGUUAUGCGCUUCCCUCGAGCAUCACCAAAAGCAGAAGUGGUCUACUUGAACUCGGAGACAUAA